AUGGACACCACCACCUGGAAGACCAACCACACCAGAUGGUCAGAUUUUAUCCUUACAGGAUUCUUCAGUCAAUCCAAACACCCAGCUCUUCUCUGUGUGGUCAUCUUUGUGACUUUCCUGAUGGCCUUGUCUGAAAAUGCCCUGCUGAUCCUUCUGAUCUAUUCUGACGCUCGCCUUCAUACUCCCAUGUACUUUUUCAUCAGCCAGUUGUCUCUCAUGGACAUGGCGUACAUUUCUGUCACUGUGCCCAAGAUGCUCAGGAACCAGAUUACCAGUGAGAAUAAGAUCUCAGCCCCUGAAUGCGGGAUGCAGAUGUUCCUUUAUGUGACACUAGCAGGCUCAGAAUUUUUUCUUCUAGCCACCAUGGCAUAUGACCGCUAUGCAGCCAUCUGCCAUCCACUGCGUUACCCUGUCCUCAUGAACUAUAAGGUGUGCCUCCUCCUGGUGGCUGGCUGCUGGUUCCUGGGGUCUGUAGAUGGCUUCAUAUUCACACCUGUCACGAUGACCUUCCCCUUCUGUAGAUCCCGGGAGAUCCAUCACUUCUUCUGUGAAGUCCCUGCUGUACUGAAACUCUCCUGCUCAGACACUUCGUUCUAUGAGAUUUUCAUGUAUCUGUGCUGUGUCCUCAUGCUCCUGAUCCCUGUGACAGUCAUUUUAGUCUCUUACUACAUUAUCCUUCUCACCAUUUACAGGAUGAACUCAGCAGAGGGCCAGAAAAAGGCCUUUGCCACUUGCUUCUCCCACAUGACAGUAGUAAUCCUCUUCUAUGGGGCUGCCACCUAUACCUACAUGCUUCCCAGCUCCUACCACAGCCCUGAGAAAGAUAUGAUGGUGUCUGUCUUUUAUACAAUCCUCACGCCUGUGCUAAACCCUCUAAUCUAUAGUCUAAGGAAUAAGGAUGUCAUGGGGGCUGUGAAGAAAAUGUUGAAUGUGGGAUCUGAUUUUCAAGAAACAAUAAAGUAA